AUGGAUCUUCCUCAGGAACCCAGGGAAUGGAGUGAAUCCGAUUUGAAGCUCUUCGGAUUAGGAGAAAGAAAAGCCGUCGUUCUUAGAAGGCUUGAUAGCGAUGAGGAGACAUCUAGAGAAGAACUAAGUACGAAGGAGGACUGGGAUAACUGGUUCAGUCGUGCCCCGGGAGUAUCUCCAUCAUGGGACAAGUUUCUCCCAGGGAUUUAUGUCAUGUAA